GGACCAUCUGACUACUGAAAUGGUUUUCGCUGAUAAGAAGAAAAAUUUUAUUCAUGCUAUCAUUUGGAGUUCCAAUAUUCUACGAUUUAAGAAUAAGUUGGUGGAAGGAAAUGUUUAUUAUGUGAAAAAAUUUUCCGUCGAAAAGAAUAAGGAUACUUAUCGUGUUGUCUCUCAUAACAACUACAAGAUUCAAUUUCACCUUGAUACUACUGUCAAAGAAAUAAUCGAAGAAGUUGCAGAGAUUCCGAGAUUUGUAUUUGAACUCACGGAUUAUGAGAAGCUUCUCGAGAAAAGGAACAAAUGCCUUUGUGAUGUUAUUGGAGUUUUAGUUGGUGUUGGAACUCCACAAGAAAGGCAAGCAAAUGGUAGUAAUGUUACUUGCAUGGAAUUACAUAUUGAAGAUCAAAGGAAAAACCGUUUGAAUGUAACACUUUGGUCUUCCAUGAUAAAUCAAUUUGAGCAAAUUAGAUUUUCUAAUUACUCAAAUGUGGAAGUCGUUAUAUUCACAUCUAUGAUCGUCAAGGACAAUAGAGGAGGAAUUUCAUUGUCGAGCUCUCAAUCUACAAAGAUUUAUAUGGAUGACAAUAUUGUUGAAAUAGCUGACUUCAAAGGAAGCAUUGAAGAAGCAGGGUUAGCUCCUAAUGUACAACUAAUCUGUUAGAAUGACACUUGAAAAGGUUUUUUUUUUUUAUUAUAUGUAUUUUUAAAAUUCCUUUAAUUGGUAAUUAUUUUUAUUUUCUUAAUAAUUAUUU